AUGACGCUGCUUUAUUUGCUCAUUUGCUCCCUUUUCAGCGUCGUCGCAGGCUUCUCCGUCACAUUUAGCGAAAACCCGAGCCAAUGCGCGCCGUUUACCGUAAAUUGGAAGGCGGAUUCUAGCGGAGGGCAGCUUGGACCACCAUUUGUCGUUCUCAUCGUUCCUGUCAACGGUCCCCAGGCGGCGUCGGCGGAUGCGGUUGGCUUGGGCACUAGCACACUCAGCCCGCCAAUCCGCAGAGAAAUCCCAGACAGCGCGUUUAGUGCAUCCACGAAAUCUGGCAAUUUUACAAUCGACCAGCUCCCUCUCAAAGCUGGCGAACAUUUCGUUGUCGUGAUGGACGAUGGCUUCGGCUAUGCGACCGGAGGUGUUUCGACCAUUCAUACCGUCGCUUCGACUUCGGGUUCCUCCAGCUGCUUGACUGGGACCAGUGCCUCGCUCUCCCUCUCAACUCUGUCACCGGCACAAUGCAGGGACCUUAACAUUGUCACUCCGCCUCCCCUCGAGAUUCGGGGAUUUGUCCCCGGCGGGGCUGCUUUCUCGCUCGACUUGGGAACGGGUAGCUCGGGAGACGUUACGACUGCAUGGACGGUCAACAGACCAAGCGGUACCCAGUUUGUGCUCCUCUACCGUGGAAGAGACGGAUCAAUGGCUAGCUCGGGUCUACUUGGCACCGCGUCGGGGACCGACACUAGUUGCCUGAGCGGAUCACAUUCUCUGACAGCGACUGCAUCCUUUGUGACCUCCUCGGUUCCUACCUCAUCGACCAUGUCCGCGGGACAGUCCCAAAGCCAAAGCCAGUCCGGAGGAAGCAAAAUAAAAGUGCCCGCAAUCGUCGGAGGCAUCAUCGGAGGACUGGCCUUUGUUGGCCUCAUCGCCCUCGCUACCUUUUUCUGCGUAAUGCGGCGCACAGAUGUCGUCGGACGGCCCAAGUCGCGCUCGACGCUCUCUCCGUACGUGAGCGGCGCUUCGCGUGAUCCGACCACGACCAGCGGUGCUGGCUCCAACAAUUACGACGGUGGAGGACUAGGACGUAAUGAUACUGGUAAAUCCCGGCGUAAAACCGACCUUGAAGGCGGUCUCAUGGGUGCCAUCUUUGGAGGGAGCGUCAAGAGGAAGAGUGAUGGAUAUCGAGGCGGGAGAGAGCGCGAGAUGAUUAGCUCCAAAAAGCGAAGGGAGAUGUAUCCUGGUCUCAGCAUUGCAAGUACCCAAAACAGGAGCAUCGGACUCACCACGCUCGACGACGACCCGCCGCUGCCAAGACGGACCAGUCUAGACGAUAUGCCUCCGUUCAAUGGCACGACGGCAUAUCGAGACAUGAAGAGAUCCGAAGCACGCGCUCCCCCUCCUCCGGCUUCGACGAAACGAACGUCGGGAGAGACGUCGAGCGUGAUAACCACCCCGUCGACUGCUCCGCUUGUAACACGAGAUAGAUUGGCUGGAGUCGAAGAAAUGAGUGGAUAUGGCUCUGGCUCGAGGUCGACUGGGUCUAGGGAUCGACGGCGGAGUAUGGAGGAUAGCCCAUUCCAGGAGUCGGCUACGGCAAAUACCCCUAGUGCCUGGAAUUCGAAAUCACCAACGACGAGAUCGAAGAAUAGCGAGCGACCGUCUACUGCGCCGACAACGCAGCAGUACUCGCCGUCUGGAUUCCACCGCCCAACGCGACGAGCGGCUGGGAGCCAGGAGAGUCUAGAAGGAUACGGUGGAGCGCAUGGAUACCCACCGGAUCGUAAAGUCGACGAGCAGAGGAGGGCGAGUGUGACGGACGACGAGAUUCCCAGAGUUCAAGUAGACUUACUUUCCAUGGACACACAAGGUGAUGUUUAUGAUCGGAAUGGAACUGGACGAAACCGAACCGACGAUGAACGGCGGAGAAGAGAUGAAAAGCAACGGCAAGAGGAAGCGAGCGUGCGGAGGGUUUUGGCGCAGAGCGCACAUCCCUAUGCACUCGCGCAGAGUCCACACCCGGAUGACGAGGAGAAUGAACGGAAUAGAGCGCCCUUUACGAGUCCAUCUUCGUGGCGGCAGCCGCGCCAAAACUCGUCGUAUUCCCAUUCGGCGGACGGGCAUUCUGUGGAGAUGAUCAAUACCGGUACUACGCAGACGCAGACACGGUCGAGAGGCUGGUCGUCGGUGUCACAUCCGUACUCGAACCCGUCUCUGUCGCAUUCGGAUGAUGGGCAUCGGUACACGGGCGGGUCGAGUGCGGCGCAUGGGAGUUCGACGCAAAUUAUUCGACAUCGGGAUGCCGGGCCGAUGAUGGGGUCGGAGGAUGGCGAUGGCGAGGAUGGAGGGAGGAGGAUACUGGAGCUUCCGCCUUCGUACGGCGAGAUUACGAGUUCGAAUAGGCGUAGAGAUCGGUGA